UUUGAUGAUCGAAGGAUGGGUCUUUGCCUCUUCUUCCUCCAUCUAACUAUUUUGCUGUCAGUCAGCGAGUUUCCUCCUCUGUGCUCCCCACAACUACUAGCGGAUGACAUCAUCGCCGUCAACUGCGGCUCCUCUGGCAACCCAACUGCUUUAGAUGGCCGCCAAUGGGCUGGCGACGUUGCUUCCAGAUACAUCAUUUUGCAAGGAUCCAGAGGCAGACGCAAUUUGGUAAGCUCCUCUCCCGUUGGAAAGCACCUAAUUCCUCCUCCUCCUCCUCCUCCUGUCCCCUACAUGACCGCCCAGAUUUCUCGGUCCACAUUCACCUACACUUUCCAUGUCACUCCGGGCCAAAAAUUCAUCCGCCUACAUUUCUACCCAACUGAAUACCCUGGCUUCGAGAGGUCCAAGGCCUUUUUUACCGUAAAAGCCGGUCCCUAUACCCUCCUCAGCAACUUCAGUGCUGCUCUUACCGCUGAUGUUUUGGCCUUACCAUCAUUUGCUAAAGAAUUUUGCGUACAUGUGGAAGAUAGUCAACCAUUAAUCCUAACAUUUUCUCCCUCUUCAGAGGAAGCCUAUGCUUUUGUCAAUGGGAUUGAGAUUGUCUCGAUCCCAACUGGAUUAUAUCAUUCCCGUGAGGGUGAUGAUCCAGGUGUACACGCUGUUGGCAAGAAAUUUAGAUAUCCUUUCUUCUUGGAUACAAGCUUUGCACUUGAGACAGUGCAUCGGUUAAAUGUUGGCGGAAGCUCCAUUUUACCCAUAGAGGAUACUAGCAUGUUCCGAGAGUGGUUUGAGGACUCCAAUUAUUUCUUAGAAUCAAGGGCCGUGCCCGUUACUACCACAAUUGGGAUCAACUACGCAGUUAUACCCACAUACUCUGCUCCUACGAGAGUUUACCAAACAUACCGGUCAAUGACUCGGGACAUGCAAGCGAAGGAGCAUAUCAGUUUUACGUGGAAGCUACCUGUAGAUCAAGGAUUCAGGUACCUGCUUAGAUUCCAUUUCUGUGAGCUUGAGUACGACAUUAAAGAUGUUGGCCAAAUGGAGUUCAGCAUAUUCAUUGAUAAUCAGAUUGCUGAGGCUAAUGCUGACCUUAUCAAAUGGGCUGGUGGAAAUGGAAUUGCAGUGUACAGAGACUACAUGGUGAUGAUGGAAGGAGAUCGGACAGUGGGCAAGCGUGAUAUGACAAUAACUCUAAGCCCUCACAAGAGCCACGACAACAUGGGGAACAUGGAACACAGUGCUGAUGCAAUUCUAAAGGGGCUGGAGGUGUUCAAGUUGAGCAACCCUGACAACAACCUUGCCGGGGUGAACAUGGUUCCCAUUGCACAUGCUUCGACAUCUCAUAAUUCAAAGCCUCAGAAGUUAGUGCUUGGUUAUGGCAUUUAUACCAUUGCUAAUAGUCUAAUAAUUUUACUCAUCACAUUGAAUGUUGUUGUUUAUCCAUUGGCCUAUUUGGGUCAAAAAUCUGGACAAGAAGACACCCUAUCAUCAUUACCUUCGGAAGGGCCAUAUCGCCGCUUCUCACUUGCUCAGCUCCAAUCAGCAACCAGAAACUUUGACGACGGAUUAGUCGUUGGAAGUGGUGGAUUUGGUUACGUUUAUAAGGGACUCAUUAAUGGAGGGACAACCACAGUUGCCAUUAAGCGGAUGAAACCAACGUCUAGGCAAGGCCCAAAUGAGUUUUGGAUGGAAAUUGAUACGAUAUCUAAAUUUCGACACAAGCAUCUUGUUAGCCUUCUGGGCUACUGUGACGAAUGGGAUGAGAAGAUCCUGGUGUAUGAGUAUAUGGAGCAGGGUACACUUGCUAAACAUCUCUACAAAAAGAAUACUGAAGAAAAUGGCAACGUUUGUCAUAUGCCGUGGGAGCAAAGGCUCAAGAUUUGCAUUGGUGCUGCCGGUGGGUUGGAUUACCUCCACACUGGUAUUCAGGGUGGUGUCAUUCAUAGAGACGUGAAGACCACUAACAUUUUACUGAACAAGGACAUGGUGGCUAAGGUUUCAGAUUUUGGAUUAUGUAAAAUGGGCACCACGAGCGAUUCUGUUUCCCAUGUUAGCACAAAUGUUAAAGGCACAUUUGGUUAUUUUGAUCCACAUUAUUUCUCCACCCGCAAACUAACCAAGAAAUCAGAUGUGUAUGCCUUUGGCGUGGUGCUCUUAGAAGUGCUUUGUGGGAGGCCAGCAGUGGAUUUAAGCCUCGAGGAGGAGCAACACAGUCUAUCCUCUUGGGCUCAAGGCUGCAUCAAAGAUGGAAAACUUGAUGAAAUUAUUGACCCCAUUUUGAGGGAUCAACUACCAAUACCAUCAAAAAGCCUUGAGGUGUUUGCAGAAGUUGCUAGGAAAUGUCUGCACACGCAUCCAAAUGGACGCCCUACAAUGGCUGAUGUGGUGGUUAGCCUUGAGCAUGCAUUAGCUGAAAUCUCCUCCCCUUCCACUCCAGUGCAAUAUAACGAGAAUAUACCCCUAAGCAAGACCCCUUCCACUUCAGUGCAAUAUAAUGAAAAUAUACCCCCAAGCAAGAAUGGGGCAGAGGGAAAGUCCACCAAGAUGUUCCAGAAGAUCAAUUUUCCCAGUUCAGCCAGAAUGAAGAUACCCUGGAUGCUCAGCUUGGCUCAUCGUUUAGAUAAAAAUUCCACUCCAGGGAAUGAACAGAUCAGCACAUCCAGAACUGCUGCCACUCAGCCAUGUAUCAAUGGGCAGGGCUUACGCACCUCCAAUUUAAGGAUCUUCAGUUUUUCAGAAUUGAAAAAGGCUACCAAAAAUUUCAGUUUGGAUAUGUUCUUGGGAUAUGGGAUUGAAGGAACAAGCGUCUACAAAGGUUGGCUUAAGGAGGGAGUGCCAUUAUUGAACAGUAGUAGGUCAGCCGUUGCCAUCAGGAGGUUGUCCUGUGAGUACAUUCAAGUUUGUCUCCAGCCUGAGAUCGAUAUCCUAGGAAAGAUUUCUCAUCCUAACAUAGUUAAGCUAUUGGGAUACUGUCGUAUGGAUAAAGAGCAACUACUUGUCUAUGAGUUCAUGGAGAAUGACUGUUUGGACAAACAACUUUUUGGAAGGGGGCCCGCUUUUCAGCUACUUCCAUGGGAGAUAAGGGUUAAGAUCUUAAUAGGAGCAGCAAAAGGGCUGGCAUUUUUGCACUCUUCACAAAACCAAAUAAUACAUAGAAAUUUCAAGAGCUCAACUAUAUUGCUUGAUAGUUCCUACAAUGCCAAGAUCUCGGCCUUUUGCUUAUCAAGAGUUGGUCCCUCAACUACUGAAACACACGUGUCAACAAGGAUUGUGGGGUACAAUAUCCAUCAUCUUGCCCCAGAGUAUAUUGCCACAGGGCGUAUCUCUCUGGCCACCGACGUGUAUGCAGUUGGUGUCGUAAUACUUGAGAUGCUAACAGGCUUACGGGAAUUUGAUCACUGCCGUCCCGAAGAAAAAAUGGAUCUGAUUGACUGGGUCAGACCAUAUUUAUUUGGCAGAAGAGAGUUGGAGAGCAUUGUGGACUCUCGCCUGGAAGGGAGGUAUCCUGCCGAAGAUGUAUCUCAAAUCCUUAAUCUUAGUCUAAAAUGUCUUGAACCUGAGCCCAAAAAAAGGCCAUCUAUGAUACAAGUAGCGGAGACACUGGAGAGCUUUGAAAAAAUCUGAAAGAACUAACACGAGGUGGUGUAUAUAUAUAUAUAUAUAUAUAUAUCAACUACUACUUACAGCCUAGCUAGCUAUGUGCACAAUUCUUUCGUAUCGACUAUUUAUGUUUGAAGGAAGAGAGCUGAAUGGUAACCAUUCAUGUAAGGAGGGUAAGCAGCAGCUGCCUGAUAUUAGAUUGCACCUUAUGAUUACUUCAUUGUUUAAACUGAUGACGAAGGGCAGGGCAGGGCAUUCAUAAAUUGUAUUUGCUGAUAGACUUCCCAUGAAUUCUCUUCCCCCAUGUUAGGCAUCAGUUAUAUACUUUCCUUUAUCCUUAACGUCAGCAAAUAAACAUAUUUUUUUUCUUCGGAUUGCACCUUCAUAAGGGAAUUUGUUGGCUUUUUAUUCCCAGACCAUGAUAACAAAUCAAGAGUGCUGUGCAGCUCUGAAUAGAACAUGCUCCAUGUGUAAUGAAUGAAGGCCUACAGAGCAUUGGGACAGUACGAUUUUGAAAGUAUAAAUGUGCAUAUUCUUGUCUAGCUAUGUGAAUAUUGCUGUUGUGCCGUG